CCCGCGCAGGGCCAAGGCUCGCCCCCCACCCCUCCUCACCUCCCCUUCGCGGGUGUGAGCGGAGCGGCCUCGGCUCACCGCUUAGCGCCCCCCUCAGCCGCCGCCGCCGCAGCCGCCGCCUCCGCCUCCGCCCGCUGGCCAUGUCCUCCGGCCGCCGCCGCCGCCGCACGAGCGCGGGGCUCCCGCGGCCCAGCGCGCAGUGAGCGCGGGACCCUCUUGCCGUUCGCCCGCCCCGGGCCCCCUUGUUCUCAGCGCCGCCGCCGCCGCCAUGUUGGGUUCAGAGCCGCAGCGGAGCCGCCGCCGCCGCCGCCGGUGAGGGAGGCCGAGAGCGGAGCCCGCCCCGCCCCGGGGCCCAGGGAGCGGGGCCGCCUCGGAGCCCGGCGUCUCCCCGCCAGCCGCCUUCCCGGCCCGCCCGCUCGCCCGCGGUGUAAGCGAGCGAGCGAGCGCCGGGCCGCGGCCGCGCCUUCCGUUCCCGGCCCGAGCGAGCCCACCGUCCGUUCGUUCUCCCGCCGCCGGGCCCGGCCACAUCCUGCAGCGGAGCCCUUGAGAGUCAGCGCCAUGGCGGAGCAGACCUACUCGUGGGCCUAUUCCCUGGUGGAUUCCAGUCAAGUGUCUACAUUUCUGAUUUCCAUUCUACUUAUAGUCUAUGGUAGUUUCAGGUCCCUUAAUAUGGACUUUGAAAAUCAAGAUAAGGAGAAAGACAGUAACAGUUCUUCUGGGUCUUUCAAUGGCAACGGCACCAAUAAUAGUAUCCAGACUAUUGACUCUACCCAGGCCCUGUUCCUUCCAAUUGGAGCAUCUGUCUCUCUCCUAGUAAUGUUCUUCUUCUUUGACUCAGUUCAAGUAGUUUUUACAAUAUGUACAGCAGUUCUUGCAACGAUAGCUUUUGCUUUUCUUCUUCUCCCGAUGUGCCAGUAUUUAACAAGACCCUGUUCACCUCAGAACAAGAUUUCCUUUGGUUGUUGUGGGCGUUUCACUGCUGCUGAAUUACUAUCAUUCUCUCUGUCUGUCAUGCUCGUCCUCAUCUGGGUUCUCACUGGCCAUUGGCUUCUCAUGGAUGCCCUGGCCAUGGGUCUCUGUGUCGCUAUGAUCGCCUUCGUCCGCCUGCCCAGCCUCAAGGUCUCCUGCCUGCUUCUCUCAGGGCUUUUAAUCUACGAUGUCUUUUGGGUGUUUUUCUCUGCCUACAUCUUUAAUAGCAACGUCAUGGUGAAGGUGGCCACACAGCCGGCUGACAAUCCCCUUGACGUUCUAUCCCGGAAGCUCCACCUGGGGCCCAAUGUUGGGCGCGAUGUUCCUCGCCUGUCUCUGCCUGGAAAACUGGUCUUCCCCAGCUCCACUGGCAGUCACUUCUCUAUGUUGGGCAUUGGAGACAUCGUGAUGCCUGGACUCCUGUUGUGCUUUGUCCUUCGUUAUGACAACUACAAAAAGCAAGCCAACGGUGACUCCUGCAGUGCCUCUGGACCCGCCAACAUCUCCGGACGCAUGCAGAAGGUUUCCUACUUUCACUGCACCCUCAUUGGAUACUUCGUAGGUCUGCUCACUGCUACUGUGGCGUCUCGAAUUCACCGAGCAGCCCAGCCCGCCCUUCUCUAUUUGGUGCCAUUUACCUUAUUGCCACUCCUCACGAUGGCCUAUUUAAAGGGUGACCUACGGCGGAUGUGGUCUGAGCCAUUCCACUCCAAAUCCAGCAGCUCCCGAUUCCUGGAAGUAUGAUGGGUCACAGAGAGCGACCAGAACGGCCUCUCAGUCCUUUUCUGUCCACGCGUGGUUUUGUUUCCUCUUAGAGCUGGCCUGGUACUCGGAGACGUACCUGUCUAAGGACUGCCGUGUGACCGGAUUACGCAUUUACAGGAGCGAGGUGCCGGAGCCUGC